AAAAUAAAUAGGCAUCAAACUUACGGUUUAACCAGUUAGAGAAGCUAGGAUCAGUCCGCUGCAGAGAUCAGGAGCCGAGUGCUUAUUAGCCCGAAAUUUGAUUGACCUACCUUCUGUGAUGAAGGGGGCAUUUGUCCCACCUAAACGUGUCCGUAGGCGACCCCUAGCACCUCGUGACAAUAUUUAGAGAAGGAGUUUUUCUACAAUUUUUGCUGAUUAAUGGGCUUUAGGAAUUAGGAAAAUCAGAAUGUUUAUUUGGCUUAUGAAUCAUUUUCAUUAUUUAAUAUGAAUUGCAAUUAAAAAUAUGAGAUCCUGAUUAAAGCAGUGCGUACGUACACUGUUUUCCUCUCUCCUCGGGCUAGUGCCACGCCGAACUUGUUAAAAAAUUCCAGCGGUUACUGACUGCUGGAUAGCUGCAGACGGCUUUCCACGUUUCUAGAUAGGAUAUUCUAAUCAAAUCUUGGUGAUGAGGUGAAAAGCUCCAGAGAUGCUGAGCGUCUCGGACUGCGAUAUCUCCUCUCGGAGGGUGUCUAUGUCGUCGGGGGGAGACCAGAGCCCACCAGACGAUCUGGGCAGCCGCAGGAGCAGCCGAGUUCUUAAAAAUGAUCUCUUACUUCAUGAGGCUGUGAUCAAAAGCGACUCUGAAGUAGUAGAGCAGGUGCUGAAAGAGCCGAUUGAUGUCAACUCUAGGAAUAAUUAUGGACGUGCUCCAAUUCAUUGGGCUGCAUCUAAAGGUAACACGGAUAUAAUGAAAAUGCUCAUUAAUGCCAAAUGCGACAUCGAAGCCAAAGACAAGGUAAGCAAUUGCAAAAGUAUUACAAAAUCAACCGAAGAACACCUUUUGUCCGACCAAGAACGAGUUCAUAUGUACAACUGCUUUAUGGAUAGUGGUGGUAUUGCGCGUCGUGCAGUUGCGUUGUUCUCCCAGAAGUUUCCUGAUCGCCUCAGAAUUGGAAAAACACCACUUCACCUCUCCUGCGAAAAUGGUCAUGAAUCCGUUGCUGAAUUACUGAUUGAGCACGGGUCUUCCCUCGAAGGGAAAGACCAGGAAGGAAAUACACCUCUUCAUCUAGUCGUCGAAAAUCUCUACACCCAGCUCUCGUACAUUCUUUUACAAGGAGGAUCUCAAAUCAACGUAGAAAAUAAUAAAGGUCAUACACCCCUUCAUAUAGCCAGUAGCCAUGGUUGUAGGGGAAUCAUAGAAGCUUUGAUCCAGUACGGCUGUGACAUCGACCGGCAAAAUAAGGAGGGAGAUUCCGCUUUGCACUUAGCCUGUAAUGCAAAUGAUGUAGAUACUGUCGAACUUUUGAUAUCGAAAGGUGCUAAUGUCAAUUUAAUGAACGAGCGGUCUCAAUCGCCCAUGCAUAUUGCUGCUGAAAAUGGAUUUUCCGAGAUAUGCAAACUUUUGCUGUCGGCGGGAGCCAAUAUCGAACAAAAAGAACAGGACGGAAGAACACCGUUGUACAUAGCUGCUAGAGGUAGUUUCACUGCCAUUGUUGAUAUGAUCAUAAAGACUGCAAGAUUAGAUUACCCCGAAAGUGAAUCCAACUUAACGAAAGAAGGAACGGUCAGAAACGCAAUUUUAAGAAGGCCAAAAAAGCAUUCUCUUUCUCCUAACAAGGGUGAGGUUCUGAAGGAAAUUUUCCAUAAAUUGGCUUUCAAACAUCUUUCGGAUUCGCAGUGGAAGGAGCUGGCAGCCCAUUGGAAUUUUACAGCGGAGCAGAUAGAAGCAAUUGAACAGCAAUACGCUGGACCUGCGAGUUUCAAAGAACACGGGGAAAGGAUGAUGUUCAUAUGGGCGGACGGUCUUCCGGAGAAUUCGGACAUUUUGAAAGAACUCCAUUCAACCCUACAAGCUGUCAAUUUCAAAAGUCCCGCAGAUUUUGUCAAAAAGAAAAUGAACAGUGAAAAUUACGAGAAGAAAACUUGUUGCACGCUGUGCAGUGUCUUCUAAGACUCCAGACUCUUUUCUAAUUUGUUUCUAACCGUUAACCACAGAUUAUUUUAUUAAAAUUUUAAUAAAAUUUUGACGUAUUUUUUAGACUUUAUGUUUUUGAAGAAAUGUAAAAGAUGGAUAGAUUUGUACAUUUACUAUAAGUCAAUAUUUAAUUUUUUCUUAGGUGAUACAAAUUCAUAACUGAGUUACGUCUAAAAAAACUAUCAAAAUGACUCAAGUGUACAGGAAUGUGACUGAAAAAUAAAAAAUAGUGUGAUAUCAUUUAAAUCUCAUAAGGCCGAUAUGAAAAAUGAUCAUAUUUGAAAAAUGUAGUUAUAAGCUACCAUUAUAAAAAUUAGGGAAUGAAAACGCCAUACUUAUUUCGUCCUAGAAAUAUAUGCAUAAGUCUCGACGAGAAUACAUUUAGAAAUUGUAAAAAAUUAUAUAAAUGGUAAGCGAAUUGUAGGUUUUAAUGUUUAAGCAAAUUUGGAAAAAUAUGCAUAAACAUUAAUUAGCAUUGCUUAUGUAUUAUUUAGUAUCAUUGUAUCACAAUUAUUAAAAUUGUCAAAAAUUCUAUUUAAUUUUAAUAAAUAUAAAUAAAUUUCUCUGAAAGGUUUUCGCUCGGGAAAUCAAGGAAUUUUGAAUUUUUUUCGUAUUUUCCUCUAAAAUUGUCGUAAAAAUUUUAUACUAACUAGCAGCUGGGUAAAUUCUGUCCCUAGACGACCAACCAAAUCUCUCUUCUGAUCUUCCUCAUUCACUGGUUAACGUGGAUAACACAUAAUAAUAUAGAUUGUUCAUAUAAAAUAAUAUAAAAUGCACUUGUAAUGUAUUUAUGUAUCCAAUGCCAAAAAAAAAAAAUUUAACUAGAACAUAAAAAACGUCAGGCUUAAGCAGAAUUGUGCAAAAAGUUUUUAAAACUACAUAAACAAUUGUGUCUUGUAAAGAAAUGUAGAUGCUAAAUUGAAAAUGUCAAUGAAAAAUAGUUAGUAAAACAUUAGAAGAGCUUAUAUAUAUUUAUCGUUACUUUUGUUCGUUCUAGUAAAAAUUUUGGCCAACUAAUUCUUAGUUUAUUGUUAUGUAUUCAUAUGAUUCAGUGUUCAGAACAUAUUUGCGUCCUCUGAAGAUUGCAUAGCUGCAGUUUCACAUAGUUUUAAUAGAAUAUGAGCAUAAUUGAUAGUUAAAAUUCUAAAAAUUUAGUGAGUUAUAAAAUAACUUUUCAUUGUUAAGAUUUAUAUAUAUAAUAUCUUUUAUAAAUGAAGUUUUAUUUAUAUCUCUAGUGUUGUAUUAUUUCAAAUUGUAUUAUUGUCUUUACUUUUCGCGCUUCUGCUUCAACCUGGCUAAUACUAAGAAUCACAAUUUUGUCUUUCAGUAUGGUUUAAUUGAAGAUGUUAUUAUAUUUUUGAAUAAAAAUGGAAAAUAAAUAUAUUCUACCGAAAUAUCUUUUGAUAAAUUCACAAUUUCUUUUGAAAUGAAUAUUAGAUUUUGUAGGUGA